AUGACGCAGAUUGAGAGCAAUGACACCCCUCAAGAUGACUACGGAGAUAUGCCUGGGGGCCCGGGAGCACCCAUCCCAAUUUCUCAGUUGGUGGGCGUUGCAGGCUUGACCGAAAGAGACAUCAAGUUGGUCACCGAGGGCGGCUACCAUACCGUCGAGUCUAUCGCAUAUACGCCACGCAGACAAUUGGAACAGAUUAAAGGCAUAUCGGAAGCAAAGGCCUCCAAACUCCUGAAUGAAGCGAUGAAACUGGUGCCCAUGGGCUUCACGACCGCCACCGAGAUGCAUGCCCGAAGAAGUGAUCUGAUCUCCAUCACAACUGGCUCGAAGAAUCUUGACCGACUACUGGGUGGCGGCGUUGAGACAGGCUCAAUCACGGAGAUCUUCGGCGAGUUCCGCACCGGGAAGAGUCAGAUUUGUCACACAAUGGCGGUUACAUGCCAGUUGCCCUUUGAUAUGGGAGGUGGAGAAGGAAAAUGUCUGUACAUCGACACCGAAGGCACCUUUCGCCCUGUUCGUCUGCUGUCAGUAGCACAGCGAUACGGUCUCGAAGGCGAAGAAGUCCUUGACAAUGUUGCCUACGCACGGGCAUACAAUUCUGAGCACCAACUGCAACUGCUUCAACAAGCGUCGCAGAUGAUGUGUGAAACCCGAUUUUCCUUGCUGAUCGUUGAUUCAGCGACGUCGUUGUACCGAACCGAUUACAACGGUAGAGGGGAGCUCUCAUCACGACAGUCACACAUGGCCAAGUUCCUGCGCACGCUACAACGACUCGCGGAUGAAUUCGGCAUCGCAGUGGUCAUCACCAACCAAGUAGUUGCACAAGUGGACGGCGGACCCAGUGCCAUGUUCAACCCUGACCCUAAGAAACCUAUCGGCGGCAACAUCAUAGCACAUGCAAGUACUACCAGACUGAGCUUAAAAAAGGGUCGAGGCGAGACUCGUAUCUGCAAGAUCUACGACAGUCCAUGUUUACCCGAGAGCGACACACUGUUUGCCAUAUAUGACACUGGGAUUGGCGAUCCUCAACCCAAGGAUGACAAGGAAUAA